AUGUAUUUACCUACAUUUUAUAAACUUGGAUAUGAGGCUUGGACUGCAAAAAGUAAGAGAUUCUUAGGAAUAUUUCCUGCAGUAGGAUGUUGGGGUAAAAUAAAUAAUUUAUUCUUCUAGCUGUUUGGGCUCUCUAUCCAAAUUUGUAUAAUACAAUCUAUACUGAUUUUAUCCCACCUCCUAAAGGUUUUUAGUAUUUUUUAAUUUAGGUGUCUAAAGAAGAGUACAAGAAUGA